AAGAGCUUAACUAUAAAUGUAGGAGCGCCACUGACAGCCUGGCAAAGUAACGUGCUUGCAUUAUUCGUUAACAUGGCUCAAGCUGAGAUGUUCGAGUUUGGUGUGGAGCAGGGACAGAUGCUGCAGGUCCUGUUGCGGCACUGUCAAACCAUGAAGCGUCAGGAAACACGACUGCGCCUGGCCACCGCGAUGCUGCUUGCAAUGUUCGUCGCGACUUUGGUGUGGCUGCAAUUUCACCAACAAAAUACUACGGAGGCAUUCUCAGGUGCUCAUCCAGGGGCUUUGACAACUGACGAAUCAACAAUAGGACACACUGUUAAUCUUGAACCUUUCGGACAGAUUGAUGCUUGUUCAGAACAACAGCCCAUCAAGUGGUUCAACAAGAAUCAUGGCUCUGACUCCCAACAUUUCAAGCUGGAAAACCAAACAGUCCUCUACAUUGUCACAAAGGGACUGUACUUGAUCAAUCUGAGGAUCUCUUACCGUAUAGCCCAUGGUCAGUGUGAGGCUAUUACAGAUCAUUUGACUUUAGUGGUCAAUGUCACACAGCAGCAUAGAAACUAUAAAGGAGAAAGAGAGAUCAUAAGUGCUAAAGAGUCUAUGAUUUGUACAGAGUACUGGCUGCAGUCAAUCACUUUGAAUAAAGCAAUCAUGCUAGAAGCUGGCACUAGUCUCAGGGUGAGAAUUAACCAGAAAAGCUGCAAGUUUGUCAACUGGUUUAGUAAUAGUCAUUUGGAUGUCACGUCUUUAGCGUUGGCUGCUUUUUAACAUGAGUUUUACGCCCUGAAGGCAAUAAUACACAGUUGAGAUUUGUUAGAAACCGCAUUAAGUGUAUUUAAUUUUUUUUAUAACCUAUUAUUUAAGUGCUUAAAGAUAUGAGAAUGUUUAACCACUUUAACUGGUUAAUAUUAUCAGGUUUAUUGAGAGGUUUACUCUCAUUCGUUAUGCUGAAAUUGUUAUUAAAUAACAUUACUAUCCACAAAAAAAGCAGAUUUUGAAUAUAGUUAAUCAUUAAAUGUUGUGACAGCCAAAUUGCAACAAAAUGUUGGUAUAUCAGCUGAAAUGAUGUGCAUGUUUUAUGUUAAAACUUUUUAAAUGUGCAUUUACGGACUGAUUCAUUAGUUUGUCAUUUGAUUUUAAAAAUCAGAUUGAGAAAUGUUAAGUUAGGAACCCAUCUUGUUUAUUACAUUAACUCUAGGUGGCAAUCGUAUAUGUCUGCGUUUCAAAAUGUAAUGUUUUAGUGGUUCACUCAUAAAACUGAAAUUCAAACAUAUGUUUUUACAAUAUUUGUUUCAAAGCUUCAA